UGCCGCUCACAUGACCAUUUUAUUUCUUCCGAGCGCAGCUGAGCUGAGGGGGCAUCAUCUCUGGAAUGAAAGGAAAGCAGCGAUAAAAAGCGUCGUGACCUGAUACGUUUUGAAGUAUAUUUUAGCACAAGAGGAGUGUGAAGGACGUAAAUCAGGCACUCUUGCCGUCCUGUUGGCGUUCUUCUGGGCUGAGUGCGCUGAGAUUCACUUUGGCAACUGACUGGAAACAUGAUACCUCACAUUCGCAAACAACCUCUCCCCGCCGGCAUAACAUUCAUCGUUGUGUUAGCGGCAGCGCUGCAUCAGAGCUUCACUCAAGAGGUAGCAGCCACCACCGCUGCCCCCCAGCCCAGUCCUGCUCCAGCCACCCCUGCAGCUCCUGGCAACCCGGAGAGGGGCAACUACAAUGUCACCAACUCCACUGGGACGGUGUGUCUGAUGGCUCGCAUGGGACUGCAGCUCAACCUCACUUUCCUCAACAACGAGAAUAAGACUGUCCAGGAGUUGAUGAAUCUGCAUCCCAACCAGACCAAGCACACUGGCUCCUGUGACUCGGACACAGCCACCCUCAUCCUCAUGGAGGAUGGGACCAACCUCACCUUCUCCUUUGCUCUGAAUGUCACAUCGAAGAAGUAUCACCUGAACAGCCUGGCCCUAUCAGCAAUCUGGCCUGAUAUGGCUGAUUCAUUCCAUGCUUCCAACACCAGUCUGGACUACCUGAGGGGCACCCUGGGCAGGUCCUAUAUGUGUCGGGAGGAGCAGAUCCUGAAUGUGGAUGAGAAAUUCUCACUCAACACCUACCAGCUGCAGGUGCAACCUUUCGGUGUGAGAGCAGACCAGUUUGGUGAAGCUGAGGAGUGUGAGCUGGACGAGGACGACAUGCUGAUCCCCAUCAUCGUAGGCGCCGCGCUCUCCGGCCUGGUGCUCAUUGUGCUCAUGGCCUACCUGAUUGGCCGUAAGAGGAGUCACGCGGGCUACCAGACCAUCUGAGCACCGCCCUCAUCUCCUCGUCUCCAAAAAAGCCAGGGAGCACAGCCAACCACCACUACCCAAUCUUUGCUCCACAACCUCACCCUCACCCACACCCACACCUCCACCAUCAACCAUCCUUUAACAUCACCCGCUAGCCUUAGCUUCUUACUCCAUGUACCCACAGAACCCAUGGUACAGGCCCCCAGCUGCCUUUCUUAAACCCCCACCCCAAGCCCACAUUACCCUGCCUUGAACCCGUGCCAAGGUUGGCCUUGCUCUUCCAGGACUUCCUGAUCUCUUGUAUAAAAAAAAAACUCCCCACAAACAAACAGGAAUAUAAUAUGAUGUGUAACAUGCAAUUAAGACAUGCUCUGAGCAGACUCAGAAGCUCAGGCUGUGUGUGAGAGUGUGUGCGUGUGCGUGUGUGUGUGUGUGUGUGCGCGUGUGGCCAACCUCUGAAGACCUGGCACUUAACUCAUGCGCCUUUGUUCAGUUUGGGUCUUAGUCUGAAGAGUUUUAUAGAAGGAAUGCUUUAGGGAUUGUUUUAACUUUUUUUGCUGCUGUUGCUUGUCUUCUUUUUUGGUGUUGAGUUUUUUUUUCACCCUCUGUUUCUUGGUGUUUUCCUCAUAUAUAGACAAUAAGGAUGUGUUCCAAGUACCAUAGAACAAAAAGGAAACCAUUUUUCACUAACAUGACUUUCGUAUCUCUGAUGUCUGCUCCGUGCAGGUCCCUAGUACGUGUAGUCGCUCCCCCACCCCCUCCCUUUUGUACAUACUCAUAUAAUCCUUACACUACUAAACCGGCCUCCAAAGGAGGCCCUUUACUGCUACAAGUGGCUUUGCACUGGCACUCAAGAGUUUUAACUGCUUUCUGGGUGUCUAUCCCCUUGUCCACAGAUUCAUCUGUUACAGACUGGCAUUCAAAUGUCAUUAAGCUAAAACAAAAAAAAAAAGAAAUCAGGGGCCUUGCUUUUCAGAGCAGGUCUGGCGUUUCCGUUGACAGCAUCUAGUUGUGGUUACUUAAUUAACAUACAUGUAUUUUCACUGGAGGGAAAUUCCACAGGAAGACUUCAGCACUGAGUUCAGUAUGGGCACCAUGUGCAUUGCUUGGAAUCUGCUGAGGACGUAGGUGAUGGAUAGAUGGUACUAUGGAUGGGAGCGACAGGGACCGUGGGCCUCACCUGUCUGGUAUUUAAGUGUUGUGCAUUAGAUUCACGAAAAGGGAGUUGUCGUUACUACACUGUGCAGGGUAUUAUCCAAUGUUUGUGAGACUGUUACAUACUAGUACGGUGGAAGGGUGGGCUGACCGGAGUUGUGUGAGUGUGAGAGAUUGUUACCCUGUACAGGGUGUUUCACUGCACUUCUAAGCCAGGACUCAUCAGGACGGUGUCGCUGGUUGGAUUCUCGCUUUUUCCAAGCGCAAGCUCGUUGGCCUGGAGUGGUGUAUAGGUACGGGAAAUGCAGUUGAUCUUUCACCGAGGGUAUGGAUGACUGCUAGCCAUUACUAGUAAUUUAAUUGUUUUAAUAGCGAAUGUUUGGAUCACUUUUGAAAUGCUGUGAUUUCAAUAAAAAGGGACAAACGAGAA